AUGUCAGAGCUGAAGAGUUUAACUGUGCGUAACCCUCACUGCCCCCUCUCCCACAGGAACCUGCCUCGUGCAAUCAUCAUAUCCCUUCCCAUCGUCACUGUUGUCUACGUACUAACUAACCUGGCCUACUUCACUACUCUGAGCCCAGAUGAGAUGCUCAGCUCUGAGGCUGUGGCUGUGGUGAGUUCUCCCCCAUACCACAACAUGAAGUCUGCACAUACCGUACCCUCUAUGUUCCCUUAAGCAUACUCAAUCUCCGGCUAGAAAUCCAUCGCUGUGUGUCUCUGUACACACAGCCCAGUGACUGAUAGAUAGACAGUUUGCUGAUAUUAUUUGUCUGUUUCUGUGUCUGUCCUUCAGGACUUUGGAAACUACCACCUGGGCCCCAUGGCUUGGAUCAUCCCUGUGUUUGUGGGACUGUCCUGUUUCGGCUCCGUCAAUGGCUCUCUCUUUACAUCAUCCAGGUCACACACACUGUUUCAUUCACACACACCAACUAUGAGUAUGCUCCACUUUGGUUUGUGUGUAUGUAGAAUUACUAUAACCCCUGUCCUCUCUGUCAGGUUGUUCUUUGUGGGCUCAAGAGAAGGCCACCUACCCAGUCUGCUGUCCAUGAUCCACCCCAACUUGCUGACCCCUCUGCCCUCACUCAUCUUCACAGUACGUACACAAACCUCCCUCUAACCAGGGGCUUCUCAAAACCACCCCACCACCAAGGGCUCUCAUCAUUCAACAAGUAAAACAUAUUGGAAGUCAAACAUUGAUCCUGAGGUUUGAGGCUCAGUAUUAUUGUCAUAUUUGCUAUUUUCCAUGGCUGUCGUUGAUAGUCACUGCUGUGUGCUACAUUCACAAACCUCUCACACUUCCCUUUCUCCUUCACAGUGCCUGAUGACGCUGCUGUACGCCUUCUCCAACGACAUCUUCUCCGUCAUCAACUUCUUCAGUUUCUUCAACUGGCUCUGUAUUGCCAUGGCGAUCAUCGGCAUGAUGUGGCUGCGCUACAAGAAACCUGAGCUGGAACGACCAAUCAAGGUGAGAAUAUGUGUAAUGUCUCUAACCUGUUAUCAACUGAUCAGGCACCAGAGAGAGAGAGAAGGGAGAGGGAGAAAGAGAGAAUGGAAAAAGGAGCUGGAACUGGUUACUUGGAGGCGUAGGCUGCAGUGUGACCUGCCAUGGGCAUGAGCUGCUGGCUAGUGAAGGUAGAGUAGCAUGUGCACUGAUACAGUCGCCCUAGGACUGUUGGGCACACAGAGCCCCUUUGUGCAACUGUAGGUCCUCUGCCUGCCCCCAAAAUGGACCCCUAAUGGCCUGAAACAAUCUGCCUGGUUGACAUAGCGAUGUGUUAAUGAGGGGAGUGGCCGAGAGAGGCAGUGAAGUGAAAGAGGCCAUCGCUGCACAGUGCUGGUGGUCAGAUGGAUCUAUCUAUCUAUUUACCACAUAAAUCUGUCAUGUGUGUUUGGGACUGGGUCUGGGACAGAGGACCCUAUAGUGGCCUGCUCUGUGCCACCAUAGAGGAGGGGGUGGAGUUUUUUUUUAACACUGUUAAUUCAAUUCUCAGUCUUUGAAUAUCUCUCACUCAUAUACACACUCGCUGGUACUCAUUAAGUUUGUGUGGCUCAACAUCACACAGCCUUUGGCAGCCUCUGAAAAGAUGGCAAUUGAUUACUGGUCUGAUGCUCCACAUGCAGCUGGAUGUGAGUCAGUGUUCUGAUCACAGUGUGACCAAGAGCACAAACACUCUCCCUCUCUCUCUAGUCCUCUGGAUGAACGCCAUUUGGUUAGUCAGCAUUUCACCUCUAACCUUUGUCAGAACUUUAACCUUAGGCAUUUACCUCCAGUAAACCUGAUGAAAAGCAGUAUUUGCUGAUGAAAGCAUUCUCUAUUUUUUAAAUAUUGGAUUUUAAAUAUUAUAUUUAGUAUAUAAAGAUGCUUUGCCAAUUACUGUCAUACAAUUUCACAUUAUUUUACUAUUUCAAUUUCCUCUAUGGGUUUAGUUUGAAUCCAGUCAUUCUCUGUGUAUUUUGUUAGCGGGAGUUUCAAUGUGGUUGUCUGUCCUGGUUUAUUUAUUCAGUAUCCCAUUGAAACGUUUCCCCCAGGUGAAUAUCCUUCUGCCGAUCAGCUUCGUCCUGGCUUGUAUGUUCCUUAUUGUGGUGUCCAUCUGGAAAACCCCUGUGGAGUGUGCCAUCGGCUUUGGCAUCAUUGCCACGGGAAUCCCAGUCUACUUCAUUGGUGUUUGGUGGCAAAACAAGCCCAAAUGGCUCCUUCAAUUAAUCUGUAAGUUUUACUUAUGAAUUGCUUCACUGUACUCUAUUGAUCUAUCUUCAUGAUGUAGUCUGUUUCUGAUUAUACAGUGAUUUAUAACUGACGGUGUGUAUUUCUGUCUCUCUCUCCAGUCUCUUCCACGGCGCUGUGCCAGAAGAUGAUGGAGGUGGUACCACAGGAGUCCUAA